UCCUUGAGCUUGUGCUUUGCCGUUCCGAGGGGCGUUUGAUCACAACUGCAAAGGCCCUUUGCAAUUCUCGAGCGCAUGCUUUGCUCGUGCUCGUGCUUUUGCGAGAUCAUUUCAACGCGUGGACAGUUAAAAAGCAUGCUGUGUGUGUAAAAUUCUUGAUUGCACUCAUCGGGAUUACAGGCCACAUGGCUGGACUUGCUCACGGUGCGUUGCAGAGCAAUGGUCCCAGCGUUAGCGUUGUUACAUUAAAAAUUCUGCCGACACCUUGGCAGUUUGCUGUGGUUGGUGCAAUCUUCAUUUUGGUAAUUAUUGCGCGGCUUAGUUCCUGUACUGAGUAUCUGCGGGGCUUGGUACAACCAUUCGUGCUUCGACGUGUAGAAAGUGGGGUACCGGUAAUUCUAGCAAUUCAGGAAUACAGGCAUUGGCUGUUAGAUAAUAUUUUGGGGACCAUCGCCACUGUAGUUUCUGCUCCAUUCUAUACAGUGCUGCUGCCUAUGCUUUUUUGGCAUGGACAACCAAAGCUAGGAAGGCAAUUGACGUUGUUGUUGGCAACAUGCAUUUAUGUGGGCAAUAGUUUCAAGGACACUGUCUGUGCACCAAGACCACCAGCUCCUGUUUGCAGAAUUGCUUCAAUUGGAUCUGAGAAAAAAGGUUCCGAAGAGUAUGGACUGCCUUCUUCUCAUUCCAUCAACAUAACCUGCUUCUCAGGGUACAUCCUAUAUUAUCUUUGGGGCCAGAAAGUGGAGCCGGAUACUAUUUUCAUGGCUUCGAUUAUGUUUACUACACUUGUAACCUUGGUUAUUUUUGGGAGAUUGUACUUGGGGAUGCAUUCUCCAAUCGACAUAUUCGUUGGAUGUGCAAUUGGAGCCUCAUUACUCCUAGUUUGGUUUAAUGUAGACUGUUAUUUGGAUACUUUCAUCAUUGGUGGCGAGUACGUUAUUCCAUUCUGGGCAGCUAUUUCUAUUCUUGGUUUGUACGCAUAUCCAAUCCCACAGUCGCAUACUCCCUCCUUUGAGGAUCAUACCGCUUUCAGUGGUGUUGCUUUCGGCAUUGUUGCUGGAGUACAUCGAGUAUUUCCACAUUACCAUUCUGCACUAGCAGCGUCAGCAGUGUCGCUUACCGUUGCACAUGUGUUUACGAGAACGGCACUCGGCAUAGUCACAAGCAUUGCUGUCAAAGAAGGGAGCAAGUUACUUGCAACGCUUGUAUUUCCUUCGAUUUGUUCCGCGCUGAAAUUACUGCUGGGAUUUCGUUUUCAUUCAUCUUAUUACAUGAAGUCUAAGCGGACAGUUCUCGAUGAUGUGGAGGCCUCCAAAGACAGUACUGAGUUGCAGGCGCUAAACAGCAACGAAAUUUUGAAUGAUAUUGAGUCCAAAGGGCGCUGUGAUGAGCCGCAGGUUCCAGACAGAAAAGAGGCGGUAGCCGGCUUAGGGGCCUCUAUGACGUGGCGUGCGCUCAAGUUCAACCCUGAGUAUGAGUCAAUGGAUGUCGAUACUGGUAUCAGGUUUGUGCAGUACGCUGCGUUAGCCUGGUCAGUUGCAGAUUUAGUUCCACAUAUAUUUUCUCUUUUGAAUUUGUAAAAGACAAGCCCUACUCUCUAAGAAAGAGUUCAGCGAGGGUUUUUAUAGCUAACAUGCAUGGUUUCCACACGAUUUUAUCUUGUAGCUUGCGUCCCCAGUUUGACCCAAAAUUGAACGCCCUUAACGAAUGCAUUGUGAACUUAAAGACAAAUGAUGUCCAAUCUCUAGUUAGAUAGUUUGUAUGAAUUUAAACAUUAGGAUAUGGCUUAGGAGAGGGAUGAGCUGGAGAAGUUUCUCCAAAUAAAGCAGAAGAUUGAAAUCUCUUUCUAGUGGGCCUAGUUCUUUGCUGAUGUCCUUUUUCAACAGUUUGAAGGUUUUUGAGAAAAAAAGGCCAACAAGUGGUUUUAGCAUUGAUGACUUCAAUAAAAUAAAAUAAAAUAAAGUUAUUUCAAAGA